CAUUCAGAAACAAUCACAAAAUGGUAGAAAAGGCAAGCGUCCUGUCUUGGAGAGGUUCCGACAAAUACUACAACCCAUACAUUGGCCGUGGAGAGGUACUUUUUACAGGUCCUGAUGGCAUCAGGGAUCACGAUACAGCAGUCCUCGAUCCCAAUACUUAUGUGGGAAUUGGAACAAUGUCUCCUGAGGGGUCUAGUGAUCUGAACUAUUUAUGGAGACCAUCCAAGGGCUGUGCUUUUCCUCUGCCCAAGUCUGCCAAGGUUGGAGAAAUUGGGUGGGGUCUUCAGUUUUACAAAGACCGUCGGCAUUUGAGGAGUGGUCACCAAAUCAAGCAUGGUGAAUUUAGACAAGCUACAGAGGACAGACAUACUCAUCUUUAUCAAAAUCCUUGGUAUGCAGGACCAAAUGAUGAACAACCAGAUGAAGCUGGUCAAGAUUACCAGGUUCCAAUGUGCAGUCGAAGUGAACGACACAGGACAUCUUCAAGCAGAUCUAAUUCAAGGUCCUUCAGGUCCCAUACACCAACUCCUCAAAGAGUCCCACUCUCUGAGGCCCUGAGACAAACAACACCUAGGCCUCAUACAGCAGGUCCUAGAAGUAAACCUUGGUCUGGUGCUUGGUCCAGUUCCACAUCACUUCAAAGCCGCAGGGCAGACCAAGAUCUUUAACAACAGCAAAAAAAAAGAAGGAAAAGAAAAGAAAAAGAAGGAAAACCUGUUGGGAUGUACAGAAAUAUAGGCAUCCAAGGCAAUAGUGUGACUAGUUUUGAGUGUUCCAUUUCCCUUUUCUGUGACAAUUUUUGUAUAUUCCUGGGCUAUGUUGUGAUAUUAACAUACAAACAAAAGAAGUUCAACAACAAAAAAUGAUUUCACAAUUUGAAAUGAAGAUUUUGACAUG